AUGGCCUCCCAAGACUCCUACGCCCUCAAGGUUGGCGAGCGUAUCCUUGUCACCGGCGCAAAUGGCUUCAUCGGCUCCCAUAUUGUUGAUGUCCUAUUAUCUCUAGGAUAUAUUGUCCGUGGUACCGUUCGCUCUGAGAAGCCAUGGCUUAAUGAGCUGUUUGAGUCUAAGUAUGGAGCUGGGAAAUUUGAAACAGUCAAUCUUCCAACCCUGGAUGACAAGGACGCUCUAGUUGCAGCCUUGGAUAGUGUCAGUGGUAUUGUCCAUGUGGCCUCGGAUACAUCUUUCGGCCCCGACCCUAACAUUAUUAAUUACGUCGUGGCCGCCACAGAGGCUGUUCUCGAAGCUGCUGCUCAAGUACCAUCAAUCAAGAGGGUUGUUCUUACCUCUUCCUCUGUUUCAGCCGUGGCUCGCUACCCAGGCGAGGGCAGCAUUGAACUGACUCAAGAUACAUGGAACGAGACCGCUAUUCAGGCAGCGUGGGACAAGAACACUCCUGCAGAGGCCAAGGGCUUCCUUGUUUACGUCGCAUCCAAGGCUGAAGGCGAACGCGCUGCUUAUAACUGGGUUAAGAAGAAUAACCCUUCAUUUACUUUCAACUCCGUGCUCCCAGAUUUCACAAUGGGAGAGAUUCUGCAUAAGAAUAUUGGCUCGACUGGAGCUCUGACUCUCCAACUAUUGGAAGGAAAUGACAUGCUUAUUAAUGCAGUUGUUUCCCAGUACUAUGUCGACGUCAAAGAUCUCGCUCGCCUCCAUGCAAUUGCCCUGCUCGACCCCAGUGUCAAGUCUGAGCGCAUCUUCGGGCUAGCUGCACCGCUUAUUUGGAAGGAAGUUAUUGAUUGCCUCCGCGAGCUUCGCCCAGCAUCCAGCGAGAAACUUGUCAAGAAUCCCCCAGGUGCGCGUGAGGGUUAUGUCAAUAUUGUGGCGCCAACCAGGUCCAAGGAGUUGCUUGACUCGUUCUUCGGUCAGGCUGAUUGGACUAGUUUGAAGGAAUCUUUAUAUGCUGGCAUCACUAGCGCGGGGCUUUAG